AUGUCCAGAAAAAGAUUCCUAUUUCUUUUGAGAAGUAUUCGUUUCGACAACGUUGAUACCCGACUUGAUCGGAGACGAUCAGAUAAAUUUGCUCCACUUCGCGAAAUUUACGAAGACUUCGAUAAUAACUUAAAAAAAUAUUACUCACUUGGCCCACACGUAACUAUUGAUGAAAAAGUUGAGAAAACACGAGGAAGAUGCCCUUUUUGCCAAUACAUCCCAAGUAAACCUGGAAAAUACGGUGUUAAACUCCAUCUAAUGGCUGACAGCAAAACAUUUUAUACUUACAACAUAGAACCCUAUGUUGGUACUAAUGAAGGGCCAUACAAUUUGAGCAAUUCUGCGUCUGAUGUUGUAAAGCGCCUUGUUACUCCAAUUAGAGGUUCUCAUCGGAACAUAGUAAUGGAUAAUUGGUACACUAGUUUGCCACUUAGUCAGGAUUUAUUACAUGAAUAUGGUCUCACUUCUUUGGGCACAAUACGAAAAAACAAGCCACAGAUUCCUGCAAUAUUUUCUGCAACUCAGAGAAGAGAAGAAAAGAGUUCAAUGUUUGGGUUCCAGAAUGAUUGUACGCUGGUUUCUUACGUGUCAAGAAAAAAUAAGGUGGUACUUUUAGUGUCAACAAUGCACCAUGAUGCAUCAAGAGACCAGAAUUCAGGCGAAAUAAUAGGUACAAGUGUGGCGUUGAUGUAG